AUGCGCCAAGAAUUCCACAAAGGAGCUCCACAAGUUCCAGAAUACUAUGCUCAGUACCAACAAAUUCAGCAGCUGUUUCCACAACUGGCUGGUGCUGCAAGUUUGCCCGGUCAAUUUGGUUACCCGGGAUACGAUUAUGCCGGGGCCUUCGGUCAAGCUGGAUUAGGGUCGGUGUCACCAGCGUAUUACCAUAACUCUAUCGGAAACGCGAGUCAAGUGAAGACCGGUCCUCAAAGUGGCAGUGCCAAUGCCGAGGUUAGCCUGUCUCCCCUUGUUCCAGGAACAAAUGUCGCUCAACAACAUUUGCAUAGUUCUCAACAGACUCAGCAAGUGCCUGGAUCAGCUCCCUUUGGAUUUCCUAAUUACUAUUACAAUUAUUUUAAUACGCCUUACUACGGAAAUGGAGCUGGUAUCAAUAACGCUGCCGGUGGAUUUGGAAUGCAACAGCAGGUAAGUGAUGCAUCCUCCGCCGGUCACCACUCAAGUGGAGCUGAAGGUGAUGCGCCACAACAUCAAGACGCACAUGCAGCUCAUGCAGCAAAUCAAAAUUACGGUCAGUACUACGGAACACCAACUCAAUACGGUUCUAGAGCAGGAAUCCCAUUGUAUCCAUCGUCGCAACCAUUCCCUCAGAGUGUUGUACAAGUUGGUGAGGGUGACCAACAACAUCAUCACGCGCAACAGCCACAACAACAGCCACAACAACAACAACUGCAGCAGCAGCAGCAGCAGCAGCAGCAGCAGCCCCAAACUCAGCACGCUCAGAACAGGCAACAGGGAGUCAGUCACAAGGUGGCCCUGUGCCAAAUGCUGUACCAACAUUCCCACAACAAAUGCCUCAAUACGCAAAUUUCCAGCAGUAUCACCAUGUCUACCGAGAAGAAGAAGUCAUCAAGAAAGAAGAAGGACCCAAAUGCUCCAAAGAGAUCAUUGUCUGCUUACAUGUUUUUCGCAAAUGAGAAUAGAGACAUUGUUAGGGCUGAAAACCCUGGCAUCACUUUCGGUCAGGUCGGCAAGAUGCUUGGUGACAAGUGGAAGGCAAUGACGCCAACUGAUAAGGAGCCAUACGAGAGCAAGGCUGCUGCUGACAAGAAGAGGUAUGAGAAGGAGAAGGCCGAGUACGCCAAGAGGCAAUAG